ACUAUGUCUGACAAACCCGAUAUGGCUGAGAUCGAGAAAUUCGAUCAGUUGAAAUUGAAGAAGGCAGAAACGCAAGAGAAAAAAUCCUCUGCCCUCAAAGAAACGAUUGAACAAGAGAAGCAAACUGGCGAAUCGUAA